AUGUCGACCCGCACCGACGAAUUCAUCGCCGAAACGCUUGCCCAAUACACUCCCCGCGCGGCCAAUUAUGACCUCUCCAACGGCGGUUGGCACGUGGAGCUGGGUCGAGAUUUCGUUACCUGGCUGCCUCCUCCCAAGGGCGGCGCCGUUCUUGACCUCGCGUGCGGCACCGGCCUGGUCACAAUCCCUCAAGCGGAGGCGGUCGGACCUGGCGGAAUCGUCAUUGGAGUUGACAUCACCAAGGCAAUGCUCAACGAAGCCAAGCGCAAGUCCCUUCCCGAGGGAAGCAGUGAGGUGAAAUGGUUAUUGGGAGACAUCACGAACCUUUCCUCCGUGGAGGAAGUGCAAAAGGUCGUGAAAGAAAGGGGGGGCUUUGAUGUCAUUUCAUGCUGUUCGGCGUUCGUAUUGCUGGAGAAUCCUGCAGAGGUAAUCAAACACUGGGUCACCUUUUUGAAGCCCAGUACCGGAAGGUUGAUUGUCGACGUCCCCACGGAGGAUCGUAACUUACAGUACCUGCUUAACUAUCCCCUGCGGCGCGCGUUGGGGAAGCCCAUGGUCUACAACUUCGACUGGAUCGAAGGUCUUCACACCCUACAGACGCUGUUUGAAGAUGCCGGGCUUGAAAUAGAAAAGUCGUUCCGCACAAGGAGCUACGUCCCUGAGAAAUGGUACGGUGCGGAUCAGGCGAUGGACGCAUUGGACGAAAAGACGAGUCAGAGCGGGCUGUGGAAGAGGAUCUUUGACGGCCUCCAGUCAGAGGGAGGGACAGAAACCAUUGACAAGGCCAGGCAGGCAUGGGUGCGGAUUUGGAAAGACCACUUGAAUGAAGAUGGGAAAUUGUGGGAUGGACACGCUUUGUACGUUUCAAUAGGAAGGAGAAGGGAGUGA